AAGGUUUAGAAUUUAUGGUUGAAUUUUAUCAAUAUUGUUUUUAUAUUGGAGGAAAUAUACUUAAUAUCUAGCUCGGUUCCUCUCUAAUUCAACGAAUUUAAUUGCCAAGCUUUUGCACAUUGCCACCAUUUAAAAGUUUUAUUGCUCAAUUUAUUUAAUUUUUUAUUGAAGUCAAUAUCUUCUUUUUGUUGAUUAUGAUGGUGAAAUCAAUUUUGAUGAUAAAUCUUUGUAUUUAAUUUAGGUUACCUAUUUCAUGGACAAAAGUUGGAUAAAUCUUUCAACUAGGGCAAAUGAUAUGAUGAAUAUAUAAAUGGGGUUGUUAGUUUUCUAGACUUUGCAUUUGUACAUUCAGCUAAAGAUGGAAAACUUUCCUACCCUUGUACCAAAUGUGUAAACACAUAUCAUGUAUCAAGAUCUGAGGCAUUUGAUCAAAUAAUAUGUGAAGGCUUUUUGAAGGGCUAUGUUCGAUGGAUUUUUCAUGGAGAAUCAUCUGGUGCAUAUACUUCCACAUCUAGAAGUAAUGAAGAGGAAGAAGAUUUACAUCAUGACAUGCAUACCUUAUUGAAUGAUGCUUUUGGAAUGGAUGUGGACAUGGAAGAAAAGACAGAUGAGCCUGAUGAUGUUAACUGAAGAAGUUUUGGUAAUAACCAAUUUUAUUCUCUGAUUAAAAAGGCUGAGGAGAGCUUGUACUCAACUUAUACUACCUUCACAAAGUUAUCCUUUAUGGUACAUUUAUACCAUAUUAAGUGUUUAAAUGGGUGGAGCAAUAAAUCAUUUUCAUUACUGGAAUUAUUGAAAGAUGCAUUACCACAGGGAAACACAUUGCCAAAGUCCUUUCAUGAAUUUAAAAAAAUCAUUUUAGCAUUGGGAUUGGGUUACAAAAAAGUUCAUGCAUUUCCUAAUGAUUGCAUGUUGUUUUGGAAAAAUAAGGAACAUGAAGAUAUUUGUUCAAAAUGUGGAGCUUCUAGGUGGAAAGAACAUGCAAAUAUUGUGGAAGAUGAUUCAUCCAUUUCUAGCAAGAAAAAGAAGCCUUUCAAGAUUUUACGUUGGUUUCCUUUGAAACCAAGAUUGUAGAGGUUAUUCAUGUCUUAAAAAACAGUAACUUUUAUGAAGUGGCACGAGGAAGGUUCGUACUAAAGAUGGAAACUUGAGGCAUCCAGCAGAUUCAGAGUGUUGGAAAAAUUUAGAUGCUCGCUAUUCCUGAUUUUUCAUCUGAAAAACGUAAUAUUCGUCUCGGUUUAGCUUGUGAUGGAUUUAAACCAUUUAGGACUAUGAAUGUAACACAUAGCACUUGGCCUAUAAUUUUGAUACCUUAUAAUUUGCCUUCUUGGAUGUGUAUGAAGCAACCUAACUUCAUACUUUCCUUAAUUAUUCCUGGUCCAAAAGGUCAUGGAAAUAAUAUUGAUGUAUACAUGGAGCCACUGAUUGAGGAGCUAAAAGAGUUAUGGUAAGAUGAAAUUUAAACAUUUGAUGCCUCUAUGAAUGAAACAUUUCGAAUGUGAGCUGCAAUACUAUGGACUAUUAAUGACUUCCCUGCAUAUGCUAACUUGUCUGGUUGGAGUACGAAAGGGGCAUAUGCAUGUCCUAUCUAUGGUUAUGACACUGCUUCAAGAUGGUUAACACAUAGUAGGAAGCAUUGCUAUAUGUGUCAUAGACGUUGGUUGGAGCCUAAUCAUAGAUUACGAAAUGAUGAACAAUCUUUUGAUGGUUCUUGCGAACUAAGGUCAGCACCAAUACCACCAUCUGGUAGUAACAUAUUGAGACAACUAGAAGUUCUUGACACCAUCGAGGAUGGUCCUUGGAAGAAAAAGAGUAUUCUGUUUUCACUGCCUUAUUGGGAGCAUCUUUGUUUACGCCAUAAUCAGGAUGUAAUGCAUAUUGAAAAGAAUGUUUCUGAUAACAUUUUGGGCUCUUUAAUUGGACAAGAGGGUAAGUCAAAGGAUAAAUAUAAAGCAAGACUUGACUUAGAAGACAUGGGUAUAAGGAGUGUGCUUCACCCAAAAGAUCGUCUUGGCUCUAGCACAAAAUAUUUGCCUAAAUCUUGUUACCAAAUGACUUCAUCCGAAAAGGAUGCUUUUCUAAAGGUUCUUAAGGAAAUGAAAAUCCCAGAUGAAUACUCUUGUAAUCUUUCUCGUUGUGUGAAACUCAAACAAUGGAAAAUAAUAAGGAUGAAAAGUUAUGACUGUCAACUUCUGAUUCAAGAAUUUUUGCCAAUAUCUAUUCGAGGAUCUUUACCUAACAAUGUGGCUUCAGUGAGAAUUGACUUGUGUUAUUUUUUCAAAGAACUUUGUUCUAUGGUUCUUAAUGAGCAUGAUAUAGAGACACUUGAUUCACAAGUUGUUACACUUUUGUGUGAAAUGGAAAAAAAUUAUCCUCCCUCUUUCUUCACUAUCAUGGUGCAUUUGCUAAUUCAUUUGCCAAGUGAAGUGAAAAUUGCCGGUCCAGUCAUCUAUAGAUGGAUGUGCCCCAUUGAAAGGUUCCUUCUUGUACUUAAAUCUUUUGUGGGUAAUAGAGCUCAUCCUAAAGGUUCAAUUGCUGAAGGGUAUUUAGCACAAGAGUGCUUGACAUUUUGUUCACUGUACUUAGUAGGAGUGGUGAUGAAAUAUAAUCGACCCACUCGGAAUUAUGAAGGAAAUGAAAAUUUAACAGAUUCACAAGAAGAUUCUAUUUUCAAAACUCAAGGGUGUCCAUUAGGAAAGAAAAGGCAGCAAGGUUUCUAUGUUAAGAAACGUAAAAGGGUGAAAAGAGUAACUCUUGAUAAACAAACAUUGGAACAAGCACAUCGAUAUGCGCUAUUCAAUUGUGAUGAAGUUGCUCCAUUUCGAGAGGAACAUAAAGAUUUGCUUAGAAAACGUAAUCGUGCUUCUCGCUUAUCACCAUAUGAGAUGGAUAAGCUUCAUUGUAGAAUUUUCAAUGAAUGGUUUCGCAAUCGGGUUGCACACUUGAUUGACCAAGGAAGUACAAUUAUCACAGAUCAUAUUAAAUGUCUUGCUCGUAUUCCAGAGGAAGUUGCUAGAAGAUAUACUGGUUAUCUAAUAAAUGGGUAUAGGUUUCAUACAAAAGAACGAGAGAAAUUCUUGAAAACUCAAAAUAGUGGAGUUGUUGUAACUGCUAAGGCAAUGAGUUAUGCUACUACAAGAGAUAAACAACCUAUUGAAAGAGAGGUUAAUUAUUUUGGGGCAUUAACAGAGAUUAUUCAGCUACAAUAUUCUGGUGGAUACAAUGUUGUUUUAUUCAAAUGUGAUUGGAUUGAUAUCAACAGAGGUUGUAAGAAAGACAAGUUUGGGCAUUUGACACACAAAGGGGAUGAUAUACUUGAUGAUCCUUUUGUAUUGGCUUCACAAGUUAAGAAAGCGUUUUAUAUAAAGGAUGAAAGGCAUAGAGAUUGGCUUGUUGUAAAGCAUGUCAGACGUAGAGAUGUGUUUGAUAUGGACGAUGAAUGGUCCUUUGAGAAACAACAAUUUGAUAGAGAAGUGCAUGCAAAAAAUGUUAUCUCUACAUGCGACACUUCAAAUUGGGUUAGAAAUGAAGUUGAUGAUGAUGGAGUAGAUGUUACACAAAAGAUGGAAAAUGAGGAAGUACAAGAUGAACUUGUAGAUGAGCAUGAUGGAGAAGAUGUAUUUUAA